AGCCCGCCCGGCACCACCAUGCUCGCCCUGGAGGCUGCACAGCUUGACGGGCCACACUUCAGCUGUCUGUACCCAGAUGGCGUCUUCUAUGACUUGGACAGCUGCAAGCAUUCCAGCUAUCCUGACUCAGAGGGGGCUCCCGACUCCCUGUGGGACUGGACUGUGGCCCCACCUGUCCCAGCUGCCCCCUAUGAAGCCUUCGACCCUGCAGCAGCUUCUUAUAGCCACCCCCAGACUGCCCAGCUCUGCUAUGGACCCUCCACCUACAGCCCUGCAGGGAACCUUGAACUGACCCCCAGCCUGGAGGCCCCAGGGCCUGGCCUCCACGCGUACCCCAUGGAGGACUUCGCCAGCCAGACCCUGGGUCCCCCGGCAUAUGCCCCGUACCCCAGCCCCGUGCUGUCAGAGGAGGAAGACUUACCAUUGGACAGCCCAGCCCUGGAGGUCUCGGACAGCGAGUCGGAUGAGGCCCUCAUGGCUGGCCCUGAGGGGAAGGGAUCCGAGGCAGGCACCCGCAAGAAGCUGCGCCUGUACCAGUUCCUGCUGGGGCUGCUGACGCGCGGGGACAUGCGUGAGUGUGUGUGGUGGGUGGAGCCGGGCGCCGGCGUCUUCCAGUUCUCCUCCAAGCACAAGGAGCUCCUGGCGCGCCGCUGGGGCCAGCAGAAGGGGAACCGCAAGCGCAUGACCUACCAGAAGCUGGCGCGCGCCCUCCGCAACUACGCCAAGACCGGUGAGAUCCGCAAGGUCAAGCGCAAGCUCACCUACCAGUUCGACAGCGCGCUGCUGCCCGCAGCCCGCCGGGCCUGAGCGCACCGAGGCUCCCACCUGCCGAGCCGCUGGGGUACCUCACAUCCCAGCCAGGACCCCCUCGGAAGAAAAACGGCGCCCCCACAGCCUAGGCGAUAGGACUUAACGCAUCCGCACGUGUUGCGGUGGGGAGAGCGCUGCCCUGCCACAGCCCCCAAGCCCAGCCCGGGGCCGUCGGGGAUUCCUCACUUGUGCCUGGGGUCCCUCUGGGAUUUCUUUAUCAUGUACGGACUCCCCGGAUCCUCAUGUUUUGGGUGACAGGACCUAUGGACCGCUAUACUAGGCGAGGCGGGGUGGCAGUUCUUCCAGAAUCCCAAGAGCUUCUCUGGGAUUUUCUUGUGAUAUCUGAUAACCCAGCGAGGAGACCUGGGACCUUUUUAAGAUCCCUGUGUGUCUGUAAACCCUCAGUCUCAUCUGGGCUGGGGGCCCUGCAGCAGCCCUGAGCCCUGUCCAGGGGUCCCUCUUGUCAGAUAUGAGAUCUCCUAGUUAUGUCUGGGGCCCUCUGAGAGCCAUUAUUGUCUCAGCCCUCUUCGCCCAUCUAUGGCUGUGUUGUCACAUCUGUCUCCUCCUCUGUGAGAUCCCCGAAUUCUCUGGAACCAUUCUGCUGUCCCUUUUUUAUGUGUCUGGAGUUCCCCAAUCACAUCGAGGGCUCCUCCGAG